AGUCUCACUCGCGAUUGCUUCCAAAGCUACUUUGUUCUAUUUCUUAUCGAAUAUGCAAGCCAAGCCAUUUCAUAAUAUUCCAACAAAGUUCCCUUCUCCGAUAAAACUACCUCCGUUGCAUCGGAUUUCAUCGCCGGCCAGAGUAAGAACACCAAGAGUUAUAUCCAUUUCAGCUCCUGAUAGUCAUAAUACCCAUGUUUCAACCUUGGAAAACAUAGAUGAUUCAGUAGCUGCCUUUUGGGACUAUCAAUUUUUAUUUGUCUCGCAAAGGUCUGAAACGGUAAAACCUGUCAAUCUUCGAGUAAUCGACGGUGCAGUUCCACCGGACUUUCCUUCUGGUACGUAUUAUUUAACCGGGCCGGGUCUCUUCACGGAUGACCAUGGAUCGACAGUGCAUCCUUUGGAUGGUCAUGGAUAUCUUAGGGCGUUCAGUAUUGAUGGAGCGAAUGGAGAGGUGAAGUUCAUGGCUAGGUACGUGAAGACCGAGGCUCAGGUAGAGGAGCACGAUCCAGAGACUGGCACGUGGCGGUUUACACAUCGAGGCCCAUUUUCGGUGUUAAAGGGAGGUAAAAAAUUUGGAAAUACAAAAGUAAUGAAAAAUGUGGCAAAUACUAGCGUAUUGAAAUGGGGUGGAAGAUUAUUGUGCCUGUGGGAAGGCGGGAAUCCAUAUGAGAUUGAAUCAGGGACGUUGGAUACGAUUGGGAGGUUUGAUUUGGUGGAUGGCUGUGAUUCGCUGAUGGAUGAUGCAAAUAAUACCGCUGAUGUAUGGGACAUAGCCGCAGGUUUACUGAAACCGAUACUAUAUGGAGUUUUUAAAAUGUCACCCAAGAGAUUUCUGUCUCAUUAUAAGCUGGACGCUAAAAGGAGUAGGCUUCUCACUAUGUCAUGCAAUGCGGAGGACAUGUUGCUGCCUCGCAGUAAUUUUACAUUUUAUGAAUUCGAUCAAGAUUUCAAUUUGCUACAGAGACGAGAAUUCAGUAUUCCUGAUCAUUUGAUGAUACACGAUUGGGCAUUUACAGAUUCUUAUUACAUAUUGUUUGCAAAUCGCAUUAAACUUGAUGUUAUAGGAUCGAUGACGGCCGUUUGUGGUUUGUCUCCGAUGAUAUCGGCCUUAUCGGUGAACCCAAGCAAGUCCACCUCUCCCAUAUAUUUGCUUCCACGGUUUCCUGAUCAUAAGGGUCACAGAGAUUGGAAAGUGCCUGUGGAAGCAACUUCACAGAUGUGGCUGCUGCAUGUUGGCAAUGCUUUUGAGGCCGUGGAUGAAAAUGGAAAUUUGGAGGUCCAAGUACAUGCUUGCACUUGCUCCUAUCAAUGGUUCAAUUUCCAGAGAAUGUUCGGAUAUAAUUGGCAAAGUGAUCGGUUAGACCCUUCUGUUAUGAAUGUUAAUGAACGAGAAAAUGAGUUACUGCCUCAUCUUGUUAAGGUAUCUAUCGAUUUGAAUUCUAAUGGGAGCUGUCAAAGAUGUACUGUGGAGUCCUUCAAUCAAUGGAGCAAGCCAGCAGAUUUUCCUAUUAUUAAUCCAACAUUUUCCGGCUACAAGAACAAAUAUAUUUAUGCAGCAACUUCUUCUGGAUCCCGUCGAGCAUUGCCACAUUUCCCAUUUGAUACGGUGGUGAAGUUAAAUGCAUUAGAUAAAUCUACGAACACAUGGUCUGUUGGUGCUCGGAGAUUUAUCGGCGAGCCUGUAUUUGUCCCCAAAAAAGGUGAAGAAGAUGACGGAUACCUUCUUAUUGUUGAGUAUGCAGUUGCGAUACAAAGGUGCUAUCUUGUCAUUUUGAAUCCAAAAAAGAUUGGGGAAGCUGAUGCAGUUGUAACAAGAUUGGAGGUCCCCAAACUUUUUAAUUUUCCACUUGGAUUUCAUGGUUUUUGGGCUGAUACAAUUCAUACACAAGUUUAAAUUGCAAUUGACUUAAUCAACUAAGUUGUAUAUAAAUGUGAAUGGAAAGUCACAUUCCCUAUUUAUGUAUACAAAAUCAAUGUAUGCGCAGGGGAAAUGUUGGUACAUCAGUUUGUGAUUGUCAAGCCCCGUGAAACCUUGACAGAACCACAAUCAGGAGGAUUACAAUAGA